AUGGCUUACCGCCUCAUAACCCAGGUCAUAUUCAUCGGCAGCCGAGUCGUCGGUCGCGCCUUCGCCGAAGCCUACAAGCAAGCAUCCGCCUCGUCGAGCUACCAAAGGGCGCAGCAAAAAGCAGGCAAUGCCUCGGGGGGUCGCGCCAACCUGUCCUCGGGCAUGACGCUGGAGGAGGCUGUCAAGAUCCUCAACGUGAAACCACCCCAAGGCGGCAAGGCCGACGCCGAGGAGAUCACAGAGCGCUUCAAGCGUCUGUUCGACGCCAAUGAUCCGCAGAAGGGCGGUAGUUUCUACCUGCAGAGCAAGAUUUUAAGAGCGCGUGAGCGCCUCGAGGCCGAGAUCAAGCCCGCACAGGAGAACGUAGCCCACGAGCAAGAGGUGAAGGAGGGUUGGAAGCCGAACAUUUACAAGGACAAAUGA